CAUGUGCAAAAUCAGCAGGAAGUGUCCAUGAGAUUACCUUGCAAGCGUGAGUUAGACGUCGUUCAGUUCGCACUCUCGUUAGCUUAUCACCGAUUCUAUCAUAGGUAGGGAACAUCAAGAUGGCCGAGAACGAAUUAGAUUGUGAUAGUAUAAUACGCCGUCUUUUAGAAGUUCGCGGUUGCCGACCUGGGAAGUCUGUACAGCUGACAGAAACUGAAGUGCGAGAUCUCUGCAUCAAGAGCCGUGAAAUAUUCCUGCAGCAGCCAAUACUGCUGGAGCUGGAGGCUCCUCUUAAAAUAUGUGGAGACAUCCACGGCCAGUAUACAGACCUGAUGCGCCUCUUUGAGUACGGCGGCUUCCCUCCUGAAAGUAACUACCUUUUUCUGGGCGACUAUGUGGACCGAGGCAAGCAGUCACUUGAGACCAUCUGCCUCUUGCUGGCUUACAAGAUCAAAUAUCCUGAGAAUUUCUUCCUUCUCAGAGGCAACCAUGAGUGUGCAUCCAUCAACAGGAUAUAUGGCUUCUUUGAUGAGUGCAAGCGGCGAUACAGCACCAAGCUUUGGAAGACGUUCACAGACUGCUUCAACUGCCUCCCCAUCGCUGCCAUUAUAGACGAGAAAAUCUUCUGCUGUCACGGCGGCCUCAGUCCCGACCUUCAAAAUAUGGAGCAGAUCAGGCGCAUCAUGCGGCCUACAGACGUGCCUGACACUGGUUUGCUGUGCGAUUUGCUGUGGUCGGACCCAGAGAAGGAGAUCACAGGCUGGGGGGAGAAUGACAGAGGCGUCUCCUUUACCUUUGGGGCGGACGUCGUGUCAAAAUUCCUCAACAGACACGACCUCGACCUCAUAUGUCGUGCCCAUCAGGUUGUCGAGGACGGCUACGAGUUCUUUGCUAAACGUCAGCUGGUAACCCUCUUCUCUGCGCCCAACUACUGCGGCGAGUUUGAUAACGCAGGCGGCAUGAUGAGCGUUGAUGAAACUCUUCUCUGCUCCUUCCAAAUUUUGAAGCCUUCUGAGAAGAAAGCCAAGUAUCAGUACAGCGGUCUGAACCGUCCUGCUGCCGCCAACCGCGCGCCCAAAGCUCCUGUCAGAAAAUAGCUUGCACGUGCAUGUAAUUAGAAGUGCAGUGCAGGCUAGUCCUAACCUGCCAUUAACGUCACUUAUUAACUUAAGAGACAAUACUUGAUUGCUGACCUCUUGUCUUGCUGUCUACUCACUCAACAGACAUGUUGAUGCUCUGACCAAAUUCAUGUAAUUCUGUCCACUUCAUGAUGACUAUGACUGCACAUGUGCUAUUGUUGAUUUAUAGGACAAAACUUUAAAUGUUAUUAGAAUAAUAUUUACAAAUAUUUUGUUACUAGAGUAAAGGUGAGUUAAUCCUUCUGGAACUGUGGCUUUGAUGUAGCAAUAGUCAGUUGCGUAACGUCUUCGUCUGCUCUCAGCUAAGUCAGCACAUAUAAACAGAGUUAAUUAUUGUGUGGUGUUUAUGUGGGCAAAACCACGCUGCGUGUUGACAACAUCCAGCACCUGGUGUUUAUGAUUAUGACCACACAACAUUUGCAGUUCAUUUCACUAUGGUGUACACUUUGCCUCAAAACUUAAUUUUAGAAGUUCAUUUGAUUGUUUGAUAUGUAAGGAAAUGCUAAAUGUUCUAUGUAUCCGAACCUGUUGUCUCGUAUCUUUUGGUAUUUCUUCAUGUGGUGUGAGGUUGUUUAGAGGUGGCAAAUGGUUUGCUUACUUAUAUGCAGCACGAAACAGAAUGUAUGUUUAUACGUCAGCUACUUGAACAUGUAUACGCAUGUUAGAUACUAAAUUAUCUACGAAAUCUUUCUCAGCAAGGCUGGUUACAUUUCUUUACUUGAUUUCUUCUUUGUAUCUUGUAUGUUAUUGAUGCCAAGCAUGUAGCCCAUCGCCGGUCAUAGGAACAUUGUUAACAUAAAGCUUUUGCUGGUUUGUCUACUGUGUGCCUUCUGCUCUGUCUCGUAGCUCGUUCAUCCCCCCAAGCCGUGGCGAGCAAAUGGCGGCCAACAUAGAAGAAAAUAACGAUUGCCUCUUGCAUUAAAUAAUAUGGUUAUGAGUUCAAUGUAAUAAAUUCGCAUUCGUCUUCUAUUGAGACAGAUGCGAUUCUGUCUUUUGGUGAAGGCAACAAUGAAAUCAUUGAUCAUUUGCUCUGAGUUGCGAUGAAGCUAUUAGAGGGAUCUGCUUCUACCUGCAGAUAACAUGAAUAUUUGCUGUUGGUCACCUGAAUAAAUGGCAGGGCUGUAAUGGGAAGCAUUGCACGCACACGAUUGCUUCUAAACUUGCAACAAAUAACGUGAUGUAAUGGUGAAUGUUGAUAAUGUGUAUUUCUAAAAGGAAGUUAGACGUUUCAGCUUGUCUAGGUGCCUCAGUUUUGUGUCCAAAUCGCUACCCAAGUACAAUACUAUAAGCGUCCCAGUGCAACAAAAGGCCAUUGCAUUUAUGUAACGGAUAGAGCAUAAAAUUAGUAUGAUGAUCUACUAUAAACGCUAUUGUGAUGAUUCCUUUAAUUGGUAUCUAGUGUUUCUGGACUGU